AUGACAGAGGUGGUUACCUCACUUACGCCUAUCACAACUGAUGGCUAUAGUCUGUCGAAAUUUUUGUUCCAGCUGUCGUUCUCCGAUGAUUCACCAGCGUCCAUAGCCGUCUUACAAGCAAUAUUGUCCCUGGCAUCUGUGUAUCGCCAUGGCAAUGCUGAGGAGCCCCUCCGGCUUAAGGUUGCAUCUCUUGGCUCUCUGAGUGCAUCCAUGAACCAGCGCAAUAUUGGAACAAGAGAAAUUUAUCAACAUGUCGCCGUAGGAAUGUUGAUCUGUGCUUUUGAGAUUUUCUUGCCAUCGGAGACCUCCUUUCAAUGGCCGCUAUACGUAUCUGGCGCCAAGAGCAUGCUCCAUGAGAUCUGCGAUGGUGGACACCCCAAGCUGAUGGAAGCCGACCUUCUUAUACUCUGGGUACAUUAUCAUGAUAUUCUUGCAAGAUUUACCUCCAAACAUUGGAAUACCGAGUCUGCAGAAAAGUCAUCAAUCUCCAAGAUGCAAGGCAUGGCCUCUAGCCUGGCCUCCGUAGCGGACAAUCAGGUACUGGGCAUUUUUGGUUGCUCGCUGGAAAUGAUAAAUCUGAUCGCCAGAAUGUCGGAGAUCAAGCUUCAGAGUGGAUGUCCUGGAAACAUACCAUACGCAGAGCGAAUGAUUCUACGUUCCAUUGAGAAUGACUUGCUGUCAAUAAAACAAGAUACCACAAGCCUCAUUGGAACGAACCCUGCGGAUGAUGUCAACUACGGUAGUAGAAUGUCCCAGUUAUAUCGAUUGGCAGGCCUGAUCUAUUAUGAGCGUGUUCUGAAAGACUCCUCCACUAGUCUGCAAGUGACCAGAUGGUCUGAUGAAGCCUUUGACAUUAUGCGGCAGUUGAAAAUAUGCGAUCGCCCCUUUCCACUGUUCUUCGUAGCAUGUGAAGCGCAUACUGAUGAACAGCGGGACGUUAUUCUCUUUCUCUUGGAAAGAACACAAAAGGCGUCCGGUCAUCGAAGGAUGCACGUUGUUAAAGGGAUGAUUGAACUGAUGUGGGUGCAACUUGACCUUGUGUCAGAUCUUGGAGAAACUAAAUAUGUUGAUAUGUUGAAUGUCGUUAUUUCUUCGAACAAAUCUCUGCCGACACUAGCCUGA